AUGGCGACGCAUAACAUUCAGCUUGGCACCCUUAAGGAGUGUCUUCAGUUCCUGAUGUGGUUGAAUCAUAGUAAGCAGAGUAGUAUGAAAACUGAUGUGGCCACUCAACUGUCUAACCGCCUUGAAGGCAAAUACAACACUGUUAAUCCGACACAAAUUGCAUCCGCACUGUCCACUUUCCUUAGCAGCGUGUCCAAUUUCCAUAAGAAAUUAUGCAAAACCCCAAUGCCGGGAAAUUAUGUCGGCAAAGAUGCUACUGCCGCACUAGAUGCUCUUUUAGAAUGCAUUCCCAAGUUCUUAGCCGUGAUGUACUUUUUGAGGUACAAUGUGGACGCAAAUUUCGCUGUGCUGGGUGGAGGGAAAUGGGCGAAUAAUCAGGUUGGUAGAGGUAUACUUGGCGGUGAGGCUGAUAAAUAUCUCACUGAACAAUACAGCUCUAAAUAUGGCGUAAUUCCCGGAGGAUUCGGUAGGGGCGAAAUAAAAUAUGAUCCCCGGAGGGGUUACUCCCCUGCUUCUAAAAUGGCCACUGACCUUAUAAAUAUUCUGAAUAAACGUUCCGUAGAAAGGAAUGUACAAAAUUAUUUCCUCGACGUUUUCUCCACCUCAGUGUUGCCCCCAACGUCCGGCACCCAGGACUCAAAUACAGCCAACGCCCUGGCGUUGGUGAGAACGUUUUGCGAGAUAGUAGGGAAAGAAAAAGAUGGCGGCGGUGAUUUAAUAAAAACGUUGAAUACUGAUUUUAAGUCGUCCGACAAGCGCAUUUGUUGGGAUAAUUUAAAAGACCAUUGUGAGAAGCUUAAACGUAAAUUUGGCAACAUUUUUACUAGUCAACGUUUUUCAUUCACCGGCUUCGGUAGGGAGUCUCAACACCUUAAGAAAGAAGAGUUCGCAAAGGACACGGCACGGUGGUUGAGAGAUAAUUUAGACAAAGUGAAGACUAAUUUGGGGGAAAUUAAAACAGGUAACGCAAUGAAAAAUACUGCAGAAUAUUUCACCAAAAAUCUCUUCUCAUUUGGUUUCACAUUUAAUGGGUCUCGCUUUGACAUGAGGGAAAAGGGUGUAGAGGCAUUGAAAAAAGAUUGGCGUGAUGUAAUUAAUGAGUUUAAGAAUCCCAAAGGCGAUUUGGAUAGGCUUAGAGAAAUUUUGAGUGGAACGUAUACAGCUUCGUGUCCCCCACCUCCACCUAAAAAGCCUGAGGCCCCGCCUGCCAAGGUCCCCGAAGCCCCCAAGGAAGUUGUGCCGGAGAAGAAAGUUCCUGUUCCAAAAAAACCCGAAGUGCCGCCUGCCAAGGUUCCCGAAGUUCCUAAAAAGCCUGUGCCAGAAACGAAAGUUCCGGUUACUCCACCCAAAAAGCCUGAGGUACCGCCUGAACCUACAAAAACUGACAACGCAAGGCCAGUUGCUACCAAAACUGAGGCCGCAAAACCUGUGGUCACCAAGGCGGAGGCGGCGAAGCCGACUGCCACUAAAACAGAAGGGAAUCAAAAUCAAGGCAAGAAAGCGGAGGGAGCACAGAACCAGGGCAAGAAGGGUGAGGGAACUCCAAACCAGGGUAGCGGUCAAGGUGGAGAUACGUCUUCAGGUCCAACAGUUCUAAAGGCUCCUGCUACAACUCAGCCUCCCGGUGAUCAAGGAGGUACAGGCCCGGCAGGGCCUCCUGUUACAGCGUCUCCGACGUCUCCUAAGUCUACAGGUUCACCAGUUAGAAAUGCUGUACAAGUUCAACAAAAUACUUCUCAAGACGUGUCAGUUCUUCCCCCUCCGCCGCCUCCUCCCCCUCUUCCUGGAGGCGAUGGCCCCGCUGCUCCGCCAGGCCCCUCGGGUCAGGAUUCAGCGUCCGGUGUUUCUCCAACUAUACAGACUGAUUCCCCUCAAGCCCCUGUGCUUACUAAGCCUACAAGUGUCACAGGUUCCGGGGCUGCGUCACCUGGUGAUCAGGGGACUAGGCAAGAUAGUGGUCAAGGUGUUGGUCAACAAGUUAGUCCAGAUGUAAGCAGCGUCACUAAUGUGUCGGUUGCCCCGGCGUCUGGUGGGAGUGGGGGUGAUCAUUCUCAAAAAUUACAAAAAUCAAGUAGAACUUGUAAAGAUGGUAAGGCACCUGCUCCUGUUUGGAAUGCCAAGCGCUACAUGUGUCCCGAAGAUCGUGCGAAGCCGACUCAUUAUAUACAGGCCGCCAAUAAGCCCUCGCCUGAAUUUUGGAACAAAGUUAAAGCAGCAGAAGAACAAGCGGAACGUGAAAGUCGAAAAGCGAUGGAGCAGUAUGAACGUAUAUGGCAACAACAACGGGACAACGCGGCCUUUUUAGAAGGCUCUCGGAUUACUAUUCCAAAACCAAGGCCAAGUAUGGCCAUAGACGCGGUGAGAGGCCAGGUCUUGCAGGAUGGCUCCGACAUUGUGUUACAGAAACAAAAGGAGGCUAACGAUAGAUGGACGAAAAUGCAUGAUGAGGCGCUUCUGCAGGAUGUGCAAUAUGAUGCGUUUCUUGGCAAAGAGAUCCAGGAGAACAACCCUACACCUCCUUGGCAACUGAAACCAUCCUUAUCCUACGGUAACGCUAUUCGAGAUCUCUCUCGUGCAGAUUCCGCAUUCCAUCAGAGUUACUCAGAAGGAAUCAAUAAUGUUAAUAAACAAUAUCAAGCCGAGAAGAAAAAACAGGAUGACAUCGAAAACAAGGCGAUAGCCGCUGGAGAGCAACUGCAUACGAUUGCCGAUAUUGUGGAGUCCGUUGAACAAGUUGUCCCGGCAAGCAAAUCGCUUGUUAAAGAUCCUUACUUUUACAAUAAAACCGAUUUCAUGCGAAAGUUCAAAAACGAGUCACAUAUUUGGGGAGCGCCCAUCACGUCGUCUACCGGUGCCAUGCCUACGUUUCCGAUCUUACCCCCUGCACUGCAAAAGCUUCAAGACGAUGGACCGCAAUUCGACGGAACUGUAGUGCCACCGAACACGCCGCCUUCUAACGUCAUUGCAACGGCGCCUCUCGCCGAAAUAUAUAUGGAGGUUGAAAAGCCAGAGCGUUUCGUUCAGCAUGAUCCUGUGAUGGAGACCCCUGAUGAUGUUUUGGAGACAUUCCUAGAACCGCCAGACGAUGUACCUAUGAACUUACCGCCGGUUCCUGACGAGGUUGUCUCCUUAAGCAUGGAUCCUGACGAGAUUGUGGACGACUUACCCACUAGUUCCCAACAACUGUUUGAUUUUGACCUAGAAAUCUCGAAAUUGAAGGAGAGAACGCACGCCGCACCUCCGGUUCCCAUUGCCGUAUUCCCUGGUCAAGCACCCGACGAUCUCAAUAGGAACUACUGCCAAGCCCCCUGGUACGUUGCUCCUUCCUCCACCACUACGAUAACUCCACCCCCCUCCCCUCCUCCAGACUCCGACCACCUGCCCCCGCCCAACACCGUCAGGGAGAUGCUCCACUGGAUGGUUGGAAUGAGCGAGUUGGGGUAUGUUGGUAUGAUUGCGGAGCAUCUUAAGAUUCUAUUGAGGGAGAUUAACGAGGAUGUCUCCCAGCCUCCAGAUGCCCUCGAGGUAACCAGGGAUCCUUACAACCUGGACGCUUCCAUCGUCUCCAACACUCUGACCCAGGCGUGCCUUUACGGGGCCAGCGUUAUCCACAAGAUGAAGUAUAAUGACUCCAAUGAUGCUCCAACAACUCUAAACUUCAGCUCAGAAUAUUCCAAGCUUCAUUACUCCUCGGACCCCGCCCGCCUCCUCUGCCAGCUGCGGGACUACGUCUACGCCUGCUACUACCAGUUGCGGUUCUUAAGGUCGCAGUGUUCUCGGGUUCAACUCAAUGGUGGGUGGCAGGAUUGCCGUUACGGCCACAAGGUACACAACUCUCCCCUCCAGGCGUUCCUUACUGACACCUCCAAGUUCGAGACUCAUCCCUUCGACCCGUGUGACAUCUGCCUCAAGAGCCGUGUCGUGAUGGGAUUUGAGGAAAAGGAUUUGCCUAAGGUCAGUAAAUCGCUUGGGAAAUAUAUUGUGGACCUGGACAAGUGGAUUGUAAAAACGAAAAAGGACAUUGAAGCCGCGCAGGAUUUAGUCCAGAAGAUUUUGGAUGAGGUGAAUGGGAAUGCAGAUCCGAACAACUUGGAAAACCUGAACAAUGCGAUUCAUAAGGUGGAAUCCGAGUUGGAUGGCAGAGCUGCGGACUUGACAAAAUGGAAGGAAGCGGCAAAGAAUGUGCUGACAGAGACGAUUACGAGUUCUACUUCUGUGCAUGAGAAGUUGGAUCCCAAUAAGAAAAAAGACCCUGGCGCAACGGAGAUUGGCAAAGGACUUCAGCAGAUUACUACAGCUAAAGAAAAAGUUGAGGGCGUGGAUAGGGAGCUUAUUAAGGUUCACAGCAAUUUGCAUAAUUGGAAUUCCGCGGCAAAAGGUGUGCUCAACAGUGUGGUUAGUAAGGCCACGGAUGUGCAUAAAAGGUUGCAGCAUGACGGUCAGGAUACCAUUGGUAAGAACAUUAAGAAUAUUGGAGACGCUAAAACGCAACUUGAUACCGCAAAUGGACAACUUCAAGAGCAAGUUACCAAGUUAGGUACUUGGAUCACCGACGCUGAGAAAAUCCGUCAGGCCGCUGAGGACAAAGCCAAAGAAGCCUACGACAAGUUGAAGGUUAAUGAGACGUUGAGCAAGAAUGUUGAGCAAAUUGUUAACGCCAAUAAGGCAAUACAAAAAGUUAAUAAAAAUCUGGAAACUGUUCAUAGCAAUUUGGGAGAGUGGAAUAAGGAGGCCAAGAGUGUGCUUGCCGGGGCGAUUAAGAAUGCUCAGACAGUGCAUGAUGCGUUGGAAGAUAAGGAUGACGCUCAACAUCCUGUCGCUCAAAACAUUAAUAAAAUUAGCUCUAAUAGUCAAGCAAUUCAAAAUGCUAAUACAGAGCUUGGCCAACAUGUUAAGAGUCUGGAGCAGUGGAAGACUGCGGCCCAGAAUGUUAUUUCCAAGGCGGAAGGGAAGUGUGAUGAUAUACUUACGAAAGUAAAGACAGAUGGCACAGCAGAAGGUAAGAUUUAUAAGCAAGCUCAAGAGUUACAAAAGAAAGGUACGGAGCUUUAUAAUGCUGCCAGUGAGGCCAAGAGGCUUGUUGGGCAGAAAGUCGGUGAAGCCUUGGAAGCUGUUGUGCAAAUGGACAAAUCUCUUAAGACGGAUUUGAAGGAGGUUAAAGAUGAGAUUAAGGAAGGGAUAAAGAAAGUUAUUGAAGAGUUGAAAGUUACUGAGUUGGAUCAGAAAGUGAAGAAUGAUUUGAAGACGUUGAGAAAGAAGAUUAGUGAGCUUGGCAAGAAGCCUGAUCUUGCAAGUAGUCAGUUGCAAGAGCUUGGGCGGGCGAAGGGUACUCUGGAGGAGACUACUGGAACGGACGGUUCAAUUCAGAAGGCUCUGAUCAGUAUGGAUGAAAAGUUCAAGAGUGAGAUCCAACAAAAGCUUAACGAUAAAGUUAGUGAAGUUGACCAGGCGAUUGAGAGGCUUGGCGAGAAGUUUACUGGGCUCGGAACGGAGGAGCAAAAGAAACUCGAAGAGAUUUUCAAACAUAUUCAUAAGCAGCUUGGGGAGAUUAGGGGGGAACAGGGGCAGCAAGAUGAAAGAGAAAGUUGGAAACGUAAAGACGCUAAAGGUCUGCUUGGCAUUGAGAGUGCGAUACAGCAUUAUUUCAAUGCGUUCAGCGGAGAUUGGCAGUUUGACCAAAGAGUUACGGGCUGGACGGAUGAUAUUCUUGGUCAUAACGGCCUGGUUAAGAGACUGCUUGGAUGGCAGAGUAAGCCGGCUGAACAGCUUAAGACAGAGCUUAAUCAGAAUGGUCUCGCUGGUGGAAUUAGGGAACCGCUCAAAGCACAAAUUGAGCAAGCCGUUCUUGUUUUCAAGAGUGCAAAUGCCGACGGCAUCCAGCAAAAAAUCACACAGGUCAAAGAUGCCUGCGAACUGUUUGCUCGGAGGCUUGAGGAGAAACUAGAGAAGGAUGUGAACAGCGGUGUCCUUGAGAUAACGAAGAAGGCUAAGGAUGCGUUGAACAGUGAGAAAUUACGAAGCACAAAAGGCAACUUACAAGCCGCCUUAGCAAAGGCAAACUGCAACUGCGGAAACUGCCGUGGCAGUAAGUGUCUAGACUGCACAUAUCAAACAUCCCAAUGUGUCCUCAUUCAAGCCAUCGCCACUACCGUUGUUGUCGUGUCCUCGGUGGCCCGACAGGUCAGCAAGGAGGUUGAUUCCCUUAUGCUCGCGGACUACAGGAUGGGCACCGGAAUGAACAUCGCAAAGGCGUUGGAUCAAGCUGUUAAAGCAACUAAAAAGCUUGAUGAGCAGCUUGACGAGGCGACACAAAAAUCCACCGACCCAAAGGAGAGCCCCGCCAAAGCCGUGGACAGUAGGUUGGGUGAAGUGAGGAAUAUGGUUGAGAGAACGAUUACAGAUAACUUUAAAAAUAACGUCAAACAGCCACUUGCAGAUGCAGUCUCCCAACUUCCCACCGCCGUCACACAGUUCAACCCUGCAGCUGUAGACCAGAUCAAGCAGGCCGCCAAGGCGGCGAUUCAGAGGGCGGCUGGGGAGAUUAGCGGGGGUGAUAACAUAGUGUCUGGUAAGAGAAAUGGCCUUAUGUCCAGUUUUGAAGAAGCCCAGAGUGAGAUCUCACAGCAUAUCCAAAAUAGACUCGAUGGAGAAGUUGACAAUACUAUUGUAGUGAAUCUGGGCACUGAUCGAGUCACCAUUACUAAUGUUAAUUCGAUAAACACAAUAAUAACUUUAACUGCCCGACUGUUUUGUGUCCAAUGGUCUACUAUGCGUUGUGUGGCAACGUCUGGCAUGGGCAGACUCAUGCUUUUAAUGUUUCACUCAUCGCACACCACUGGAGUUGGUCCCGUUAUUCCCUUUUGUAUCUACUGCCUGCGCAGACGGGCUAUACAGACCUUAUACGCAGGGAAUGCUACUUGGGCCACCCCAUACGGCAUAGCAAGUAAAUGUUUCAAAAUGGCCAUGGACAACUCGUAA